AUGGCCGCCAUGGGACGAGUGGUCAUUGCGCGAACGCUGCAGAAAAUGUCUUAUCUUCCAGCCUUAGAAGUUCAAACUUCAAUCGCAAGGCAGCAUCUUGACGAUAUCAAAGCUAAAGGAACUAGUGAAGCUACUAAUACCUUGCUUUUCUUUGAACAUCAUCCUGUUUUUACUAUUGGCAUACGAAACAAGAACCUGGACUGGAAAGAAAGAGAAAGGCUCGAAAAUUUAGGCGCCGAGUUUCACCUCACCAACAGAGGAGGACUGAUGACUUUUCAUGGACCAGGACAAUUAGUUUGCUAUCCUGUUUUGGAUUUGACCCGUUUCAAAAAGAGCUUAAGAUGGUAUGUGUGUUCCUUAGAAAAGACGCUGAUUGAAACGUGCAAGAGAUUUAACGUGGCAGCUACCACCACUUGUGACACAGGAGUAUGGGUAAAGGACAACAAAAUAGCAGCAAUAGGUUAGUGAAUGUACUGCCGUGUGGUGAAUAUACCGCCGCCUGGUUAGCUCAGUUGGGAGAGCGCCGGUCUUUUGAGCGGGACGUCGCGGCUUCAAACCCCAGCCGGACCAACGCUCAGAGUCUUUAAAUAACUGAGAAGAAAGUGCUGCCUUUGUAAUGACAUCUGCAAAUGGUUAGACUUUCUAGUCUUUUCAGAUAAGGUCCCGCCUCACAACACUUUCACUGAUCUGUCCUUGUGGGACGUAAAAGAACCCACACCACUGUUUGAAAAGAGUAGGGGUUGUAGACCCUGGUUGUGUGGCCAACCUUUAUGGGUUGUUGGAUUGGGUAGGGCUGGCACCUUGCAUGGGACCUAUGAGUCCCGUUCGUGCAUAUUCCCUGUGGGCAGGCCUGUGUCCAGAAAAGCUGGUAAAAAAACAAUAAAACGGUUCAGUGACAUAUUUUUCAUAGCGCUUACUGUUUUGCCCUCAUCAGUGUUUUUAAUCCCAUAGGAUAGUGUGGUUGUAGGGCUGGAAUUUGAGAAUUUUUUAACAACUGAGAGCUUUCCACUUCUUGGUCAAAUUUUUUAUUUUAUAUUUAUUAAACAAACAACCCAAGUUUAAAUACUGUAUUGACGAUUCCUUUGAAUUCAGAUGGCAAACCAGAAAUGAUUUUCUUCAACUAAAAAACAAAGUGAUAAUGAAUCAACCCAUCAGUACUGAAAGUAUUGUGACACCUCAAAAUUACCAAAAAAAUUAUUGUUUUCUCCACUCCAGAAGAUAAGCUGCUUGCUCAACCUUUAUGCUAGCAUAAUCUUAGACAGUAGCAAAUCUGAGAUGUCUCUAACUAAUUUCUUAGAGAUCUUCUGCUCUUCACAGGUUAUAGCAGUCUUGACAGCACUGCUGACAAUUCUUAAUAUAGAAUGUAUUACAUAUAUGAUCCUUAUGGGCUUGUGUGUCCUAUUCCAUUAAAACAGUUUUGAGCUGGAUAAUAUUCUUUAGCUUUGGCAAUUAAUCAAUUUUGCUGAUUUUGUUUUAUUUGAACAGGUGUCCAUGCAAGUCGUUGGGUUUCCACUCAUGGUAUUGCCUUGAACUGCAACAUUGACCUGAGUUGGUUUAAUCACUUUAUUCCUUGUGGAAUAGAAGGAAAAGGCGUUACAUCACUCUCAGCGGAGACAAACCAAAACAUUCAACCACAAGAUACAAUUCCUGCAUUUAUCGAAUCUUUCCAAAAUAUUUUUGAUUGCACAAUUCUGAAUGACACUGAGGAAGGUCUCAGAGAGAGAAGUAAUACACAAUCAACUGUCCAAUGAUUAUUUAUUAACCUUUCUGAGGAGAUAAACCCUCAUUAAAGGGAUCGUAAUGCAGCACAGUG